AUGGUCUACCAGCUUGCAGCUCUCCUGUGUUUUGGCAGCUGUGUAAUGUCCCUUCAGAGGCCUCGUCUGUUGGACGUCGUCCCAACUAUUCAGCAUGAGGCUGCUCGGGCUCUUGGAAGGCCUGCCAACUACAACGAUGACCUGUCUGAGGCACCAGGAAAGGGAGACUACUGCUGCCUCAUUUCAGCUGUUUGGAUCUACACUGAAAAACAAGUUUAUGCUACAAGAGAAGAUAUUACAUUCCUGGCUAUGACUGAAGAGCUUGAUCCACUCGGGUUUCAGUGGCAUUUUGGGGACCAAACAGCAGUUAAAAUGCCAUCUAGAACAUUUGUUAAGAAAUACCUACAUCCAGACAGGUACAACGUUACAGUCAGCGUCUCCAGCAGCCAAGGCUCUGUUAGCUCAGAAGUUUAUACUGUAGUGAUUCAAAGAGCUGUGCAUCUUAACAGACUGCUGUACACUCGCUCAGUGCUGCUGAACACAUCAGUGCCUUUUAGCUGCCGGAUCGACGCUGGAACAGACGUCACUUAUCUCUGGGAUUUUGGAGAUGGAUCAAGAAGAGUUGGAAAGGACAGUGAGCAUCAUGUGUUUAAAAGUACAGGAGAGUUCAUAGUAGAAGUGAUCGUCACCAACCUAGUGAGCUCUGCCUCUUUAAAAGGACAUGUGUUUGUCGUUGUUGAGCCAUGCCAACCUCCACCUGUGAAGAACAUGGGACCCAGCAAGAUCCAGGUAUUGCGUUACCAGCCUGUGUGGCUUGGUGUGACAUUUGAAGAGCAGAUCCAGUGCAAUAUCUCAAAAGGCCUCCACUACAGCUGGACUCUCUAUGGACCAACCAGACUGCAACUCUCUACCACAGGCAUUAAAACAAACCAACAACAUCUGAAGCUUCCGGAGUACUUCCUUCAUUACGGCACAUAUAAAAUAGCAGCUAAGGUUCAGGUUGUAGGCAGUGUCGUUUACAGCACCUACGCUGUUUUGCUCGAGGUGAUGCCGAGCACACCUAUAAGCAUCAUCAGUGGAGGAACAAAUGUGUUUAUCAACCGUCACAACAGAAACUCAAACAUCACUGUGGAUGGAUAUAGGUCAUAUGACCCAGAUUUUCCUGAAAACGUUAUGAGUUAUAGGUGGAAAUGCAGGCCAGUAAACACUGCUGAGACCUCUUGUUUCUCUAAACAUGUUCAGACUUCUUCUGCAAUGCUGAUGUUUCCUGCAGCAUCACUAAAUUCUAACUGUGAUCUGUUCAAGUUGACACUUACUGUACAAAGUGGAAAUCGGUCCUCUUCUUCCGAGAUGUUCAUCACUGUGAGAUCCAAACCAACCAGCAUCAUUCAUGUAUCUUGCAAAGAGUGCAGAGGGAAUUCUGUCAAUUGGAACGAGAGGUUCUCUGUCACAGCUGCAUGUAAACAUUGUCCUAUAAAUAUCACCUACUCCUGGAAGCUGUAUUUAGUAAACGCAUCUAGCAAAAGCAUGCCAGAUGUGCCUUUCUGUAGCAGUUUGGACAUAAGCUUACCUUCUAAACUGGUGGAGGAUGAAAAUUUCCUUCAACAGCAUGCUACGUCUGUGCCUCUGUCCAUCCUAAAUCACCGCAAAACAUCCAGCAGGGACAACGUUAAGAUUACACAUGACAGUGUUGUCAGUUGGCCCAGACAAGGGAGUUCAGAGGAGCAGACGAAUCCAUCCCUUUCAGUCCUGCUUUCUGAGACAGACAGUGCAUCAGUCAGUGAGAUGGAUUUUGCUCUGUUUCAUCUUCCUCAUAUGAAAGAAGACAAAAACACGAGCGAGAAGGAUUUUGUAGCUGAAUAUCCUGAUGAGCAUGGAUAUCUAGACUAUGAGGAUUAUUAUUCUGGAAUAGACGAAGCGGACUCAGGGGUUUCAGUAGGCCGGCCAAAUGGACCCCACAAUUUAGACAAGGUGAUUUCCCAUUCAAGCGAAUAUGACGGGGAUAACCUGGUAGGUCCUGGUAGCCUUGACCAUGUGGUGUUUGAGAAAACCCUGCUGGAUCUUCACAGAGAACUCAUCACGCCUGCAAUCUUUCAGUCCUUCACAUCCACAGGAAUAUCCUCGUCUGUUAUCACAUUUAAACCCAUGAUGCUAAAGCCGAAAAGUCUUUACAUGCUAGAGGUCUCUGCAAGUUCUGAGCAUGUUCUGCAGGGAAAGACCCAGCUGUUUUUCUCCACACAUCCUGUUCCCGAGGAAAUGGUGUGCCAUGUGCAACCCAGCUCAGGUUUUGAGCUCCAUACACAAUUCAGCAUCUUCUGCAGUUCAGGAAAAGAGGAUCUCUUGUAUGAAUACAGUUUUAGUGUGGGAAAGUCAACAAAAAAAAUUAUCUAUCAAGGGAGAGAUUACGAGAACUAUUUUUAUCUUCCAUCAGGAGAUCCAUAUGAUGAUUACAAAGUCACCAUCUACAUUAAAAUUGGCAACAGAUUUGGGGCAUCCACCAAGCCGUGUCCUGUGAACGUCAAAGUUUGGCCGAGCUUCAAGAGAGAUUCAACGUCUCUCUCCAAUCCAGAUCAGGAACUGUUUAUGUAUGGUUUGCGUAAUCUAACCAACCUAAUACAGGUGAAGAACACCCAAGACAUUAUUAAUUACAUCUUUCUCCUGACUGCUACCUUGAACCGUCUGAGUUUGGACCCAGAAUCUUGUGUGAAACUACAGACACAAACACGAGCCGCUCUCAUUUCAGCAAUUUCUCAACUCGAUGCCACAAACCAAGAACUGCUGUUUGAUAUCCUUCACACUCUUGUAGACCUUAUGAAAGUUUCCAAUCAAGUGAAGGGACAUGUUGCUGAAAUGAAACUCUUCAACUGCAGCUCCAGAAGAGAAAUCAAAAUGAGACACUUGUCUACUCCACUCAUCAUUGAGUUUGAGAAGUUAUUUCCAUCUACAAAGAACACAGGGGUUGAGUUCACACUCUCACGCUCUGAAGUAAACACUCAUCAGUUCAACAUCACAGCUGAACUUCUGAAAAAGGCAGUGGAGAUUAGGGUGGAGUUCAGAAGACCACCAAGACGGCCUUUCCCCAUCUUGUUGCUCUUCAGAAUGCACCAAAAGCCAACACCUUCGUUGUACAAUGUACGUAAGGUCUAUCAUUGGAAAGGACAAGUGGCUCAGAUCUUUUUACCUGCUUCAUAUUUGAAAGACACUGGUGUCGCAUAUCUGAUGCUCCUCAAUGCUGAUUAUGAUAAAAGACUUAGAAAUAAAUACAUAGCACAUGAAGUGGACUACACACUGAGCGCUGAGUCCACUCAAUGCUUAGUUUGGGAUGGUGUGAAAGACUGGAGAUCUGAUGGAUGUUCUGUGCUCCAAAGCUUCACCCCAUCCAAAGUCAACUGCAGUUACAACCAGCUAUCAUCGUUCACGGUUACACAUCAGAUGAUCCAAAGCAUUUACAGUGUUUCAGACAUCACUGAGUACACAAGCAUCAGUGCCAACCCUAUGGUGAUUAUUGUAAUGGUGGUAGUAGUGGCUCUCUAUACUGUGCUGUUGGUGUUUUGUAAUCAUGCUGAUAUUCAGGUGGAAAAGAAUUUGGGAACAUUCCUCCUGCCAGACAACAAUCCUUCAGACGAGUUCCUCUAUGCUGUUACCAUCGACACAGGCCUCAGAUCAAGGGCCAGAAUGACAGCAAAGGUAUAUAUAGUUCUGUAUGGUGAGAAAGGAGUGUCCCAAACGAGAGAGCUCAGCAAUCCUGACCACACACUCUUCACUCACAAUUCCAGGACAACGUUUAUUCUGAGCUCAGCCCAGAGUCUAGGCCAAUUAUGGCAGGUGUGUGUGUGGCACGAUGGUGGGGGUACCUCUCCCAGUUGGUUUCUGAAUCACGUGGUGGUGAAAGACACAGUAGACGGAUCAAGUUGGACCUUUCUGGCGAAGUGCUGGUUGGCAGUGGAUGAAGGAGACGGACAAGUGGAGCGAAAACUGCUUGCUUUAGACCGACAGCUCACAUUUGGAGAGUUGCUGCAUCUGAAUCUUGCUGAUUACUUAGAGGACUUGCACCCAUGGCUGUCUGUUUACAGUCGGCCAUCUUACAGCUCACAUACGUUCACUCAGCGCUUGAGUGUUUGUUUCCUACUGCUGCAGGUUUACAUGUGCGCUAACUGCAUACUCAUAUACUUUCAAGAAGACCAGCACUGGUUGGAGUCAGGCCUGAUUGUUGUUUCGCUGAUCUCAGUGUGGACAGGACUAUGUGCACUUACUUUUCUGCCUUUAGGCUCUCUUAUGUCCUUCCUCUUCCGCAUCAGCAAGACAACCAAAUAUGGCAGGCAUUCAGGGGAUCAGUAUACAGUCAGAAUGCCUUACAUCUUCUCUGUAGACGGUGACCGCGAUGCGUUUCUGUUGAGGGAUAAUGUGUCUGAAUUGAACGAUUCAUGGAGCACUGUUUCACAAUGGAAAAAUAAAUGUCAGGUUUUGAAGGCAGGUGAUUUGGAGUCUUUGUCCUGUGUGAAACUGAGAGAAAGCUCAACACUGCAGAAAGCCACUGAUGCUGUAUUGUGCAUUGAAAUUAUUGAAAAAAAUAUUCCAGACGUUAUAAAUGAUCUCACAAACAACAGUGUUUAUAGAAGACGCAGAUCUCUGCAAGCUUGGUGCUACUAUGGGACAUGGAUUUUGUGGCUGUGCAUGUCCGUCACUUGUAUAAUCAUUACUGGAAUUCUGGGACUGAAAUUUAGCUCUACAAAGUGUCUCCUUUGGAUUCACUCAGUAUUUUUCUCCUUGCUCUUCUGUGCUUUUGCAGCACACCCAGCACUGAUAUUUAUUGUUGCGGUAUGUGUAACUCUGCAACGAGGAGAUCAGAGUUAUUUUUGCCAAAUCUCAGCUGUUGAGGUGCCAGUCAAAGAGUUGCUAAAAAAUAACAGACGGAAUGGAGCCUGUGUGGAGAAGCAGUCCUUAUCCAGCUCAUAUCAUCACAGAGAGGAGAUCAGUAUGAAUUUUGAAGAGGUGCUGGCAGCCCGUCAGAGAGCCAGAUAUCUGCGUCUCGCACGUCCACCUACUUCCACUGAGCUUCAAAGUGUGAGGAGCCAAAUUAAAAAAAGGUCACAUCUUCAGAAAACAAUGAGAGAGCUGAUGUUAUAUGGCUUUGCCUCAUGUAUAGUUGGCACUGUGGCUUACGGAAAAUCCUCCAGUGAUAAGUUUUAUCUGAAUCAGGCAGUCAGAGCUCACUUUACUGGGAUGGCUUCAAUCCAGAAACAUGAUGACUGGUGGAACUGGGUAGAAAACACACUUCUACAUGAGCUCUAUUUUUAUUCCCAUGAAUAUAGUGGGGUGGAAGACAAUGUAAAAGCUGUCUCUUUAAUUGGAGAGCCGGUCAUUAUGAAGAUGGAAGGUACAGACAAUUCAUCAUGUCAGUCGUCAUCUGGAGCUCUAGCAUCUGUUUUUAGUGCCUUCAUUGAACCUUACCAAUGUGGGAAACUCGGGUGUUAUGACGGAGCAGGAUUUAAUGUCCCAUUAGGAAAAAACAGGUCUGAAGCAUCCAGCAAGCUUAAGACACUAUGGACUUCAGACUGGAUGCGCAGCUCCACCCAUGCCAUAAAGCUCCAGUUCACUUUAUAUAGCCCUGUUUAUAACCUCUUUACCACUGUCACCAUGCUUGGUGAAACGUCAUGCAUGGAAGCUGUUUUAUCCUCAGUCUUCAUUUCCUCUGCCAGACUUCAUCACUUUCCCUGUGCCCUUCAUUACUGUGCUACAGCUGGAGAGCUUCUCCUGCUCUUCUUUACUUUGCUUCAAAUCUACUUUCAAAUAUAUGCCAUGGCUCAAAGAGGACGAUGUUACUGGUCAGACUUCUGGAACUGGAUAAAAGUGAUUGUAGUCCUGCUCAGUCUUCUGUGCUUUGUCUGUUCUGUGAUUCACUUCAAAGUGAUCACAGACACAAUGGAACAGCUCAGAAGAGACGAUUUCAAGACCUUUGUCAACUUAAGUCCUGCUUCUUCUUGGGAACAGUGCACUCAUUCACUUUAUGGGCUCCUUCUGUUCAUUCUUCUGAUUAAAUGUUGCUCAUUGCUAUGCCUCAAUGAAGCCAUGGCCACAGCUGUAUCUACAGUGAUAGUUGUCUUCUCCAGUCUGCUAUGGCCUGUGAUAACUGGCAUGAUCUUUAUUUUCGCUUUCUUCUCCCGGGGGAUCCUGGUUAACUUACCAAAUCCAGUUUAUUCUCUUAUCACACAUCGUUUUGGCAUUGGAAAGCUUGAUGGUUCACACAAAAAUCAAGCCUCUUGGAUGCUUUGUUGCUACGGGGCCUUAAUCUGCAUUGUGUCUUUUUCAGUGAAAGCAGUGAUAACUGGUAUACUCAGUUUGGUUGUGAAAAGGGCAAAAUCUAAGAGGAGAAAACAUCAUCUGUCUGUCCUGGACCUCUGCACUUAUAUCCAGGAUGAGGCUCUGGCGCUUGUUGGUAAAGGCAGGCAGAAGUGGCCCGUUUGUCCGAAAAGCAACAAUUUUGUCCUGGAGGAGUUUGAGGAUCUGGUUGAUGAGCUCCUGCUCAAGCUUAAUGUCAUUUCCAGUAGUGAUGAAGACCAGGACAACUACGAGGACCAGAGUCCUCUCCAAUCAGCAUAUGACUUCAGCUCAGAGAUCAGUGAUGAAAACAAAUUGCAGGAAAUGGAAAUAAAGCAAGAAAGCAGUCUCGGGUCACUGCUUGAAAGGAACAACCUGCAGAGCUUUAGACAGAGUGAGGAAACAAUCCAUGACCAGGCAUUUUACACAGAUCCAAAGGCCCAUCAGAACAUCUCCACAUCUCCUGUAAAGAAGUUAAAGAACUCUCAAACAUCUUUCUGCAUACAUCAAACCAUUAGUGUUCAUAUUGAAGGCAGUGAGAUACUAAAGGCAAAUAGAUCACAAUCAUUUAAGAUGACUAGGGAGGACCAUGACUGUGAUAAUACAGUCCUGAAUAAAGCUUUUAGUUCACAACACCCUAUGGGUUUGAUCUCUCAUACUGGGAGGUUGACAAACCGAUCAUGUCACAGAAAGUCAUGUAGAUUGUUCUGUUUGGAUGAACCACAUGCAGAAAAACAGGGGGAAGAGGAAAAUAUUCCAGGCCAGUGUUACUGAAUAGUGAAAUACAAUGAAUCACUUCAAAUAAUCAUGAUUUUACUCGAUACACAAGAUGCCAAAUAUUUUGUUUUGUUGUAUAGCCUUAAAAAGCUAUAAAAGGAACUUCUUUUAUUUGUUUUGUCUAAUAAGAUUAACACAGAAAAUGAUUAAACAUGUAUUUCAUUUUGAAUCUCAAAAAUUCAGUAAUACACCCUUAAUCAGAAAAAAACUAAAUUCAGUGUUGGUUCAAUAUCUAAUGGUACCAUGAAGGUUGAAGGUUGGAAAAAAGGUCAGCUGGUCUUUCUCCAGUUUGACCGAGUCUAUGUUUAUGAGAGACUCAGAUUCCUGUACAUAUUUAGAAGCUUUUCUGCUCAACGUGGAUGCAAUGAGUGUUUAUUUGAGUUACUGUAGACUUCCUGUGACCUCACACCUGUCUGGAAAUUCUCCUUUGGUGGAAUUCUCCACACCUUGAUAAGUUGCUGUACCAAGAGGUGUAUUGUGACUUUAAACAGUGCUUCACCUUGGCAAACACUUGCACACCUUUUUUUCUAUCCUUCUCCUUAACAGGUGUGGCCAUUGCAAACAGUAUGAGAAAAUUACAUAUAUAAAUAUGUAACAUAAAAUUGUACGAAUCUACAAAACAAAACAACUACAGUAUCCAUCCA